AUGGCUUCGCGACGCGAAAUCAAUAGCAGUGAAGAAUCAGCUGGCUCUGGAGCGUCAUCCAUUGCACGAGAUACUAGAAUUACUUGUCUUUUCUUGGAUGCAACAGAACUUGAACUGGAGACAGACUCAGCCAUUCUCCAGCGAUCGCUCAGCUUGACAUCCGUCAUUUUGACAACCUCCUCUUUCAGCCGCCGCUUCCAAAGUGCGCGGUUUCGACCCGACCUGCAGGAGAUCAAUCAAAUCGGCAGUGGCCUACAAGGUGUCGUCUUCGAGGUGAUUGAGAAAUCCUAUGUUCUCAAAAAAGAGAGUCCAGGCAAUGAAGCACGAUCCUCAAAUAUCCGGCGCGAGUAUAAUACCCACUGCGAUGUUUCAGCCGCAUUCGAACACUACCGACACGCAACCCACAACAUGGUCCACGUUCCUAAACCCCACAACUUUAUGUUCAAAACACAAAACGACGCGUUCUGGGGUAAAGUCUUUCCGAAAAUGCCCCAGGCUUACCGUAUGCGCGGGAACGUCAUCAUCAUGGAUCGGAUUCUUCCAUUACCGAAGGUCGUACGAAAAGCGCUCGUCACCUAUUUCUGUGGUCGCGAACGGGAUCUUAGUAUCACUGACAUCGAAUCCCUUCUCAGUAACCCCAGCAACAAGCACUGCCUCGUCCGAGUCUAUUUGGGUAAAGCUAAUGGUUCGCUCAAUCAGGAUAACCCAGCUCCGCUCAGAAAUUUCCCUCUCCACCUCGGUUUCAUGAAGGAACUUGGCAUCGAUACCCUUGCGCUUGCUAAGGAAAUGGGCAAGGCAUAUGCAACCUUACACUGGGGCGCCGCCACAAACGGUGAUGAUGUGGAGUUCCCUCAAGAGGAGCCGAGGGCUUUCGUGGAGUCUCCGGACUUUCAGCAUCGCGCCAUUGGACUCUAUCUUUUGGACUUCGGCCAAUGCGAGGCGGUUGACUUAACGCAGGAUUGUGAUGUCAUUUACCAAGCGUUCAAAGGGGCUAUGGUAACGGGUGAUAAUCAGCUUUUUAUCCCACAUUCCUCGACUAGCCCGGCAUUGUUCGCAGCCUUCAAGAAGGGAUACAUUGAUACCGGUAGUGUCAUUCUAUCAGCCAAGCAGAUCACUGACAAGUUUAGCAUGGAAGAUUUCAUGCAGGAGUACGAGGAAUAUGCUGAGAAUCUCGUGUAUUAG